UUCUUUAGCUGCUGGUAGACAGAUCUCAGGCUGCUGGUGGAAGUGGAUGCUCCCAGGUAGAGCCAAACUUUUGGGUUAGACAGCCCAGCUGGGGCUGUCCCUGGAGCUCUGCUCAAGGACCCCGACAUUUCUCCCUGCUCCCCAGGCAUUGUAGUCACUGCUCACUGUGACUACAACAGUCACAGCCCGGCAGACUGUUGCCAGAGGUCACCCAAGACAGCCAUGCAGGGGAGGCUUGAAAUGUCAGAUCUCCUUGGAUCCCCUGUCCAGCGUAGGAAGGACUGUACUGGGAUCCCUGGGUUUGCCUGGUCUGUGGCUGAAGGGACCAUCCAACACUCCUUGCUUCUACCAGCUCCCCAAGCUGUCUCUGCUGUGAUCCUGGAGGCUAUGAUGAAGACCCUGUGCUGUGUUUCUGCCCCCUUGGAAGGUGUAGCAAGGCCUCUUGAUGCUCUUACAUUGGAGUGAGGUGUCUCCUCAAGCAUGUAGGAAGAGGCUGCCCAGUUUUUGUGCCACAGCUGGAAGAGCCUGCUUACCUCCUGGGCUCUAUGUCUGCAACACGAUGUGGUGGAGUGUGCUCCUUGUGAACAAGGAAGCAGCGAGUGAGCGCAAGAACACUGUGAAGCAAAGGGCCAUCCUGCAGCAGAAGAAGAGCAAACUGAAUGACCUGGAGGAGGAAGCAAGGGACCGUGCCCAGCACCUGCUGCAGCGGGCAAGCAGGAUGCGUAUGGAGCAGGAAGAUGAGAUCAAGGAGUUCAGCGAGCUGAUCCUCGAUGCCAAGUGCCACAUGAUCCGUGACACACAGAUCUUGGAGAAGCAGCUAAUCGCAAAGGAGCUAGAGGAGGAGGAGAAACGCCUGGCUCAGAUGAUGGAGGUGGAAAGACAAAAGGCCAAUGAGAGGCAGGAGGAACUGGAACACAAAAGGAAGCAGGAGCUGAUCAGAGGGAGGCAGGAGCUUGUGAAGCAGAUUGAGCAGAAUGCAGAGGAGAGGGCUAUGAAAGCUGAGCAGCGGGACCAGGAGGCUCAGGAGAUGCUGGAGUACUUGAAAAAGCUGCAGAUGGAAGACUUGAAGGACUUGGAGCAGAAACACGAGCAGCAGAGGAAAAUCCAGGCCGAGAUUAAACGUAUCAACAAUGAAAAUCAGAGGCUCAGGGAGGAGCAGCUCCAGCAGGAGAAGAUGGCAGAUCAGCGGGUGCUUGAGUAUCAGAGGCAGAAAAUGGCACGGGAAGCUGAGUUUGAAGCUGAACAGGAGAGAAUCCGUCGGGAGAAGGAGAAGGAGACAGCACGCUUGAGGGCCUUACAAGAGAGAGCCCAAGACUACCAGGCAGAGAAGGAUGCGCUGAGGGCCAAGCGCAGCCAAGAGGCUGCCGAGCGAGAGUGGCGUCGGAAGGAGAAGGAGGCAGCGCGGAAGAAGGCAGAGACGAACGACAUGCUGAAGCAGAGCCGCCUGGAGCAGAUUGCCGCGCGGGAGCACGGCGUGGCCGUGCAGGUGCAGCAGGACCGCAACGAUUUUGAAAGGAUCCUCAGAGUCCAGCGGGAGCAGAUUGAGAAGGAGAAGGCAGAGGAGGUGCAGAGAGCAGCUCUGCAGCUCGCCCACGCCAAUGAAGUCCGGCGCCAGAUGCGGGAGCAUCAGCAGAAGCUGGUGCAAGAGCGGAUCGCUGCUUUUGAGGAGGGCCGGCGGCUCCAGGAAGAGGCCCGCCAGCGCAGUGAGCGCCUCACUGAGCUCAAGCGACAGAAGAUGCAGGAGCUCAGAGCUUCCGGCAUCCCCGAGAAGUACUGUGCCCAGGUGGAGCGGAAGGCUUUGAGCAGAGCAAGUGCAGCCCCUGGCUUGGUUCAACCAUGCAAGGAACCGAGCACCGUUUCCCCAGCAACUUAAGAGUUUCUAUUUUCUUAGAUUGAAAUUUUAUAAAUGGAGAUAUUUAUGGAA